UUGAUACAUGCGUCUUCUGGCAAUUGAAUUCGAUUUGAUACAUGCGUCUUCUGGCAAUUGAAUUUGAUCAAUACUCGUGGCAUAUUAAGUCAAACUUCACAAAGAUGGAAUGGAUACAGAGCGAGAGGGGUGGGCGAAAGCUCCUCCUGGGAGGAUACAUGUACGUCAAGCAAAAAGAUUUGGCAGAUGGGUACGAGGGCUUUGAAUGUGAGCUACGAAGGAACACACGACAAUGCAGAGCAAAAAUUAAGGUCAUGGGUGAUAACCAAUUCCGCGAUAGAACGGAGCAUAACCAUCCGCCUAACCAUGGUAGAAGCAAUGCUACGAAGGUUAAAGCAGCAACGAAGAGAAGGGCCACUGAGUCCAAUGAAAGACCACAACAGGUGCUUAUGGCGACACUAUGCGAGGUAACAGAGGAAGGGCGGGCAGCGCUACCAUCACUAAACAACAUGAGGAGGAAUAUCCGGAGACAGCGCCAAGAGAACCCAAACGCCCUCCCCAUUCCCAUGACUGUGGAAGAUCUGGAAAUCCCUGUAGAUCAACGAUUGACGCUGGGUGGAGAGCUUUUCCUUUAUCACGACUCUGGAAGAAACGACCCUCGCCGGAUUUUAGUGUUUACUACGGAAAGGAACCUUCAGUUGCUGUCAACGUCUGAAAGUUGGUUCGCUGAUGGCACGUUCAAGGUAGUGCCGACCAUCUUCUUCCAGUUGUGGACAAUCCACGCCACAUAUGAGGGACAUGUGGUGCCUUUGGUUUAUUGCCUCAUGCUAAAUAAGGACCAGGCGUCAUAUGCAAGGGUACUAGCAGCACUACAGGAGGGAAGGGCGUUCUACCCAACCAGAAUCAUGAUCGACUACGAAUUUGCAGCGAAGAACGCAUUUUCCCAGGCAUUUCCAAAUGCUCACGUUCAAGGAUGUCUUUUUCAUCUCUGUCAGAGGAUACAUGAACGGAUCAAGCAAGAAGGGCUGCAGGUGCUCUACAACGAGGAUGAGGAGAUCCGGACACAGGCGAGAAUGAUAGGAGCGAUUGCAUUUGUGCCAGUGGAAGACACCGUGGAGGCGUUUGAAGCCUUGGCAGGCAUUGCAAGGGCAGAGCUGCAACCUGUCCUCAAUUAUUUUGAGGAUACUUAUGUGGGUCGACCUCAAAGAGCCGCGGGACAUGGUCGCCAGGCAGCGAGGUUCCCGCCCAUAAUGUGGAACAUGUUCAAUGCGACACUGCAGGGGGAAUUUCGCACGAACAAUCAUGUGGAGGGCUGGCACCGAAGGUUCCAGAUCGGCGUCGGUGCCGACCACCCCUCGUUUUGGCAGUUUUUGACCUGCCUAAAACGGGAACAUGCCAUGAACGAAGUAACGAUCGGACAAGCGCAAGCUGGAAUGGCGCCUCCCGCACGUAGGAGAGUGUACCAAGAUACCAAUCUCCGGCUCAUCAGGCUCGUUACUAAUUACCAUGGGAGAGACAUUGUAGAUUUUUUAACUCUUUACGUCAACACCAACUUCAGCGUCAUCUGGUCAUGCAUCGAGGCUACCACCACGCCCUCACUUCUCACCAUCUAA